AUGGAUUUAUUAUCUCCUUCAAUUUCCUCCACUCCAAAAAUUGGAACAGAUCCAUUAACUAGAAAAAGACAAUCAUUUACUGUUUAUGAAAUGAUUACAAAUAACGAGAGAAAACAACAAAAACAAUUAUUUAAUAAUAAUUGUUGUUCUUCUUCUUUUGAUAAUUGGAAUGUUAAUAAUAAAAAUAAUAAUUCAAAAAUUGGACAAUCAAUUCGAGACGUGAUGAAAGAAUUAACGUGUCCAACAGUUCAAUUUUGUUUUGGAAAUAAUCUAAUAAAUUCACAAAAUUCUUCAAAUAUUCUUUUAAAUAAUCUAAAAGAUCGUCCAAAUAUAAAUUCAAUGCCUUCAUUAAUAAAUGCUUUGACACAAGCUGAACAAACAAUUAUGGAACAUAAUUAUUAUUUACAAAAUCGAAAACAACAAAUUCAACAAAAUACUCGUUCACCUUCGGUUAGUGGAAAUUUUUCUAUUGGACUUACAACAACAACAAUUAAUAAAGGAAGGAGGUUAUCUGAACGUUUAGUUAAUGAAAAUAAUAAUGGAAUAAUUAAAGGUCGAUUGGAACGUUCAAAUUCAGUUUUGAGUAGUCGUAAUGGAAAUACAAAUUUAAAUUUUAUACCAGAACUUACUCCACAACAAGUUUCUAAUUUACGUCGUUCAUGGAAGCAUAUAAACACAAAAGGACUUUAUGAUGUAAUUAGGCGUGCCUUUUCAAAAGGAAUUGAAUGCGAACUUCGAUUAAUUGGUGCUCGUCAUGUUCCUUGUUAUGAAUAUUUUAAUUUAAGUGUUACACAAUUAGAACAAUUAGGGGAAGCUUUGGCUGAACAAUUUUUUAAAUUGGAUGGAAUAAGGCAAAGCAAAGAAACUACAAAAGUAAGGGGCUUAGUUUCCAAACUUUUUUAA